AUGACCCUCAGUUUCCCCAUCAUAUUUCUUCUAUCUGCCAACCUCGGAUCGAAGGAAUUGCAGGACCUCGAGGAACAAAUACCCACACUCACCUACGACAUCAACGAAGCCGAGGUUAUUCUGGGCAAGAUAUCCCGUAAGGAACGGGCGUUGUUUGAACUCAGAAAACACAGGCUCGUCACCGAGGAAAUCGAUCCGGCAGAGCGCACCCUGUCUGCAACCCCUGACCGAAAACGAGCCCGGCUGCAGACGCCGGCCCUCGCCAGCUCCGAUAUCGACUCGGACACGGCAUCAGAUGGCGAAAUCCAGCGGCGCUUGGUAGGGCCGUCCUCUGUCGCGCCCACGGUCAAGGUGGCCAAGCUUACCUGGUUCACCGAGUCGAUCAAGGCAGGGGAGGUAGUCCCAAUCGACGACUAUGUUGUUUAUGAAGGCCGCAAGGUGCCAAAGGCGCCCGUGGAAGCACCGCAGCCCGGGCCCGCUGAGAAGGCGGCAGAAAUCAUGCGGCGCGCUCUUGCGGAUGCUGGCGGUAGCCUGUUAAAGAGCCCACGGCCAAGAUCAUCACAAGCGAGAAGGGGUGAGACCUACGUCAGCCAUCCCGUCCGGCCCGCCCUACUCCGGGAGACCACAUCCGAGCACGAGAUAGAGACGCAACUGCCGCCAAUACCAGAAUACCUCCACAGCACCUACUCGUGCCAACGACCGACUCGUAACCACCCACCAAACCAGGGGUUCAUCGAGGAGCUCACCAAGAUCAAGACUGCCCGAACAUUGACCGGGGACAGGAUAGGGGUGCGGGCGUACUCGAAAAGCCCAACCGCUGAGCGCCUCACAGAAGUAGCCAGACUUCCCGGGUGCGGCAGUAAGAUUGCCCUUCUUUUCCAGGAGUUCCGCGAAACCGGCCAGAUCAGGGAAGCGCGCGAGGACGAGUCAGACCCCAAACUCGCCGUGCUCAAGCUCUUCUACAACAUCUGGGGCGUAGCCGAGACCACGGCGCGAGACUUCUACAACCGCGGCUGGCGCGACCUCGACGACAUCGUCGAGUACGGGUGGGAGACGCUCACGCGCGUCCAACAAAUCGGCGUCAAGUACUACGAGGAGCUCCAGCUCCCCAUCCCGCGCGCCGAGGUCGAGUCCAUCGCGGGCGUCAUACUCGCGCACGCCAACCAGAUCCGGCCCGGGUUCGAGAUGGUCAUCGUGGGCGGCUACCGGCGCGGCAAGACCGCCAGCGGCGACGUCGACGUCGUGCUGAGCCACCGUGACGAGCACGCCACGCACGACCUCGUCGGCCGCCUCGUCGUCGCCCUAGAGCGGGCCCGCUACAUCACCCACACCCUCUCGCUCGCCACGACCAACUCGGAGCGCGGCCAGGCGCCCGUCGCGUGGAAGGGGAAUGCGUCGCGCGGCGGUGGGAGGGCCGGCACGGGGUUUGAUACCCUUGAUAAGGCGCUGGUCGUAUGGCAGGACCCGGUCUGGGGGACGGGGGAGCCGCGCAACCCCAACCCGCACCGCCGCGUCGAUAUCAUUGUGAGUCCGUGGAAGACGGCUGGUUGCGCGGUGCUGGGGUGGACGAGCGGGACGACGUUUCAGAGGGAUCUGAGGCGGUACUGCAAGCGUGAGCGGAUGCUCAAGUUUGAUAGUAGCGGCGUGCGCAGUCGGCGGGACGGGGCGUGGGUGGAUUUGGAGAGUGGCCCGGAUGGUAGCCCGGCGCCGGAUAUGUUGACGGCGGAGCGGAGGGUGCUUGAGGGGUUGGGAUUGGAGUGGCGGCCACCUGAGGAAAGAUGCACUGGGUGA